AUGUCUGUUCUCCAAUCUUUACCUUCUUAUUAUCAGCGUUCCUUUUACUUGAAAACUGUGUCUCAAACACCACUCACAGUCCCGUUAUUCACUCCUCUCUUGAUUCCAAAGGUCAACAUGAAACCAUCAAAUCCAGUCAUUCUGUCCGACGACAACACAUUCGAAGACUCCUCAGCAGAUAUCGUCGAGACUCCUUGUGAUUUCGUCGAGUUUGAAAACACCUGUGACAUCGUCAAGAGUAUCAUCACUUCGACUUUGCUGGACCUGAAAACCCCCAAAGACACACCUUCAAAAAUCUCAGACGAAAAGUCUAAAACAACGGAGUCGUCCUUCGUCCAGCCAUAUGCACCAAACGACUCGAACAGUCUCGAAGAGCUCGAAAAUGAGAUCAAAUGCGAUUUAACCAAGAAACACGACACCAAAGACAAGAAGACUAAACGAACAAAAAAGAUCGAUGACAAGCGCACUCACGUGAUCAAAAAGAAAAAACAUUACACACGACAAGAGCCUUGUAGUAGUCGUUUCACUGACAUUGCCAAAUUGGUGACGGUCUUCGGAAUGAUUUUUAUCUGCCUUGGUCUCAUCUGGAAGAGCCACACUGACAUGCUCACACUUUAG